UCUCGUGUGGAGCGUGUUCUCAGACGCUCAAGAGCAUUUCCAGGAUAUUUCAGUUCACUGCUCAGUCGUGUGCAAGAACUAUGGACAGCAAGGGGAUUUUGUCUCUCACCCUUCUACUCCUCUUGUCACAGAGUCCUGCCUCCCUCUCUUUGACAGUGAGCACCAGUGAGGCCAAAAUGGAGGUCCACGAGAACACAGACGCUGUGCUGUCCUGUCAGUUCAAGACAGAGAAGGAGACUAACCCUCGUAUUGAGUGGAAGAAGAAAGGGAAGGACAUCCACUUUGUUUAUUUCGAUGGAAAAUUCACCGGAUCCUUUGCAGGUCGGGCCAAGAUCGAGGGCGCAACGGUGACACUGCAUGCCGUUACCCAGAAGGACUCUGGGUUGUAUCGCUGUGAGGUCAGCGCACCAGCAGACCACACAAACCUAGGAGAGGUCAAUGUCACCCUCAACGUACUGGUGCCCCCCCACACCCCGUUCUGUGAGGUGCCCAGCUCAGUGCUGUCUGGGACAAGUGUAGAGCUCCACUGUAAGGACAAACUCAGUGUGCCCCCGUCUACCUUCCUCUGGUAUAAAGACAACAAGGCCCUGAGCGCCACACACACCCCUGACAUCGUCUAUAGCAUGGACACUGACACGGGAACACUGAAUAUUAAGAGUGUGUCCAAGGCCGACUCAGGCCAAUACCGCUGUGAAGUCUCCAAUCGCGUGGGGGCGUCCAAAAGCUCUGUGGCCCAUCACAUGAAGGUCAUAGAAUAUCCGUUGAGCAUGACGACAUUGAUAGCCGGAGCUGUAGGCCUCUUCCUGCUCAUCCUCAUAUGCUGCCUGGAUGUGUGUCUCCCAUUGACAGGGCUGCUGCAAAAUGGUCCACCUCCUCCCCCCACCAGAAAUGUGAGUGUGUUGCCAUUCCCUGUUGUUGUUGAUCAGGAACGGUAAUUAUUCCUUGUACUGGCAGUAUUAACUUAGUUGAGCAGUGGUCUUGUUUUAAAUUGGACUGUUCUUGGAGCAGUUGUUGACCACACCAGUGUAUUGAUAAGCCUGAGUUGUUGAGUGAGUUGGUAAUAAUAGUAACCAGUCUAGUUAACUGAUGGAUACGCCUUUCCCUUUCUGCAGCCCAAGAACUACAAACACACCCAGUCCUUCAUGAUCUGAGGGUAUAGCACGCACACACACACACACAUAAACACACACACACACAC